AACCAACCUCUGUAGCUUCAGAAUUCGCAAAUCCGCCUUGCAGCCACCCACUCUUUCAUCCGCUCAACACCCCCAACCACCGAUAAUGAAGAUUUAUGCCGGAAACCCAAGAACGACGACAAUGAGAGAAGAGUUUUUCUUCCCUCCUCUCUCUUAAUCUCGCUUCGUUUUUGGUCUCCUUGGAUUUUCAUUUUGUUUCCUUUUUUGGGCUUAUAAAUUCUCUACACAUGAGGUUUUUAUUGGUAUUCGUCUCGUGUUGCGGGGCCACUGGUGGCGAAAGCUCAGUUAAGGAAUCUCUGGAACCGAAUAGAAGGCGUUCGGAGGAGACUCGGACGCUGAUGGUGCAUCGGACGCUGCAGACUCCGAAUGCGAGGAGAAGUAGGAGAAGGAAAAGAGGUAGAGUGGGUUUGGGAUAUCCGUCGUCCGCGGCUGCGAUGGCUGAGUGGAAGCCGACGCUUUGCUCGAUAGCUGAGGAUAACGUGGUGUUGGUGGAGGAGAGAACGGAAAGAGUGGCAAAGAGGAACGGCAGUGGAGGACGUCGUAGUGGUGGGUCCCGUGAAGUAGCUAAUGUUAGUAACUACAACGAUUAUGACAGGCGGAGUAAUCAGUACACGGUAAUUCCAACAUUCUCAGCCAGUCCGUUCAUGAUUUAGCAGCCUUGAUUUGCGAUUCAAUCAGAGCCUUUCUGAUGUAAAUAUAAAAUUUAGGCAAAUAAAUAAGAGCUACAUUAUGAAA